AUGUUUUUUGCACGAAGUGCAGCAAGCCAGAUCUGUCAGAGGCCUGGUCACCGCCGGGCUGGUAAACUUCGCUCUGAAAUGUUGAUUCUGAACGGGGACGAUGCUUUGUCAUGUCCGUCCCCUCCGGCAGUCAGUAAGGCCUACAUAGCGCCCAAGUGUGGCACUUCCCGAGAGGAUAUUCACGUGGAGCUUCAAGGAGCUGACCUGUGGAAAAGGUUUCACGAGAUCGGCACCGAGAUGAUCAUAACGAAAGCAGGAAGGAGAAUGUUUCCGGCUAUGCGGGUGAAGAUGACGGGACUCGAUCCCCACCAACAGUAUUACAUCGCCUUGGAUAUUAUACCCGUAGACAAUAAGCGGUACAGGUAUGUGUAUCAUAGCUCCAAAUGGAUGGUGGCCGGAAAUGCAGAUUCUCCGGUGCCGCCUCGGGUUUACAUCCACCCGGACUCUCCGGCAUCGGGGGAUACUUGGAUGCGGCAGGUCAUCAGCUUCGACAAGCUCAAACUCACCAACAACGAACUGGAUGACCAGGGACAUAUUAUAUUGCAUUCGAUGCACAAGUACCAGCCUCGGGUCCAUGUCAUCCGCAAGGAGUGUGGAGAGGAGCUGUCGCCGGUCAAGCCCAUCCCGGGAGGAGACGGGGUGAAACACUUUUGCUUCCCCGAGACCGUCUUCACAACCGUGACUGCUUACCAGAACCAGCAGAUCACUCGACUGAAGAUCGACAGGAACCCAUUUGCUAAAGGAUUCCGAGAUUCCGGGCGUAACAGAAUGGGUCUAGAGGCUAUUGUGGAAUCCUAUGCAUUCUGGAGACCCUCUUUGCGGACCCUCAGCUUUGAAGAUAUACCUGGGAUUCACAAACAAGGUGGUACGGUAUCUUCAAGUGCCCACCAAAGUGCAGGAAACAGUGCUCCUACACAUCUUCUGCCUGGCUCUUCCUGCUCCUCUCCAGCUUUCCACCUGUCACCAAACAGUAGCCAGCUCUGCAACCUGGGUCCAGCUGAAUUCACAACCUGCAACCGCACAGGCCUGACCUUUAACAGAUACAGCAGUAGUCUCGCUGAAACCUACAACCGUCUGACCAACCCUAGCAGUGAAACCUUUGCCUCCCAGAGGAGCCCUCCCUACAUUGGAGUUGCUAACACAGCAAGUGUGAACAUGUCAAUAUCCAGCAAUGAAAGUGAGGCGUUCAGCUGCCAUCAGGCUGGAUUGCCUGUGCCAAUCUCUGGGAUAUCAUCUCCUCAGCUCCAGUACAUCAUGCCUUCACCGUCAAAUAAUGCCUUCAGUGCCAAUCAGACACACCAGAGCUCCUACAGUACUUUCAGAUUACACAGCCCAUAUGGCUUAUAUGGAUAUAAUUUCUCCACCUCCCCCAGACUGGCAGCCAGCCCUGAAAAAAUAAUUUCUUCCCAAGGAGGUUUUCUGGGCUCAUCUCCCAGUGGUACCAUGACUGAUCGACAGAUCUUGCCCACCAUGGAGGGGGUACCUUUACUUAAUGGCAGCCAGCAAAGCAUGUUUGACACAAGGCCAUUAGGAAGCUUGACAGCCUCACCGUCCCAGAUACCAGCACAUUUAGUUUGACAAACAAGCUGAACUUGAGUGAAAAUGUGUGCCCUUAUAUUACAAAACAUUGAUGGAGAUUCCUCCAUGUGUCAACAUGGUCACCAUUAUCAAAUAUGCUCCUUGGUUGUGGCACUGGUAGAGACUGGACUGAAUGUGCUGGAGAUUGGAACAUGUUUGGAUAUUCCAUCUGGUUGCAGUGUAGGAGGGUUCUUCGGGAUGCAGUAUUUGUUCCUUCAGCAGUUAUGGUGCGUCAAGUGAUGUGAGUCUCCAACUGUAGUCCCACAAGAACUUCAAAGCAAUUUAUGCAAGAACUGGAGAAGAAGGUCAACUGUUUAAAAAAAAAAUUAUCAUUGAUAAUGUAUCUUUUAUAAUGGUGCUAUUUUCUGGAUGGAACCAUAAUUUUAGCAGAUAGUGAAUGGACUUGCAUACAAUGUGAAUUCAAUCAAGACUUUUGGCUACAAAGACUUGCCUUACAGUAAUGACUAUUCCCAAAUAGUAACCUCACAUAAACCCCUAAAUGCAAUCCUUUGGAAUUAUCCUUCCUGCUUCUAGCUUUUGCUUUUACUGUCCUGAGAUUUUGGACACAUAAUGACCUAUUCUGUUUUGGUCCUGGCCAAACUGUCUUCCUUUAAGUAUGAGUCGAAGUGCUGAGUGUUAAUUGAUUGUAAAUGACAUGGGUACCACCACAGGUAAGGCUGAUAAUGUCUGUACCUGAUGGCUGCACAACUGCACUAAAGGAUCACUGUAUAGAGAUCAAAUGUACAAACCAAACAUUUACAACCCAGUUUUUUUUUCACUUUUCAUGAGCCAAUUGUAGCAUCCCCACUUCUGCCCUGUUGAAGCUGCAAACUCAGCAUAGACCAUAGAAUGCACUAGGCUCUUAAUCUAACAUUUGUAAUUCUAUGCACUUCUGACAACCCAGUUAAAACAAUACUGUAGAUUGAUCUCCCUCCUCUUCAUGAUUUCAUCAUUACAUUUUGUUAUAAAAAAAGCCAUAUUCUAAAACAGUAGAAAAGAUGAUCAAAUCAGGAAGAAAUUGUAUGAAACUAUUGCUCUUUCAUACAGUAUGCAGUGCUUUGACAUUGGCUUUGGGGGUAGUUACAGAAUCAAGCCAUGCUUUACAAGAUGAUAGUUCCUAUGGUUUCUAUAGUAAAAAGCUAACACAAAUUAUGGAGUGGAUAUAUAGUCCAGAUGCAUAAGUGAACAAAGAGGUCUCAUCUGCCUUUAGCAUCUGGAAGAGUCAUUCUCCAAUUAAUCUUAUUGGAAGUGCACAAUAUUACUACAUAAUUCCAAAAAUGAGUGCUUCUUAUAAAACACUGAUGAUUGGGAGUCAUCAGUCACAGAUAAAUAAACAAAAUUGCUUUGAUAAUUACACAUAAUGCUCUUCCUUAUAGAGUGGAGUGACAUAAGCCACUAUGAAUCCAAAGAAAAAUAAUGCCUCUCCUACAGACACUCUACAAAUAUAUUCAUAGGUGAAAAGUAUUGUCUGUAAUUAAAUAUUGAUAUAGUUUGUUCAAGUUGUUCCAGACCAAAGCACUGACUGCUCUUCAUAAAGUGAUCUUGCCUCUGUGAGACGUUGCUAAAAUAAAAAUAAAUUCUGAGCAAAACUCUAAUGUCUUAGUAAGUAAUACCUAAGUGCCUGGAAAUGUAAUGCCUUUCAGAAAUAGAAGCACUUGAAUAUAACAAAUGGUAAAUGACAAAGUGUUCAUCUGCAACAUGUUUCCCAAUUGGGGAGUUUUUUUUUAUUCCCAAGUAUCUUGGGGUUACAUAAACAAUACCAUUGAGAUAUCUUUCUAGCUGGUUUUACCUGCUACGUUUGCUUUGGGCAAUAUAUAAAUUCUGAUAGCUGAAGCAACUUUGCCAGCUGAAAUGUUGCAAAAUAUGAUAACUAGAAAUCAACCGUGAAAGCAAUAUGAUCUUUACUUUGUAACUUGGGUAAGGUUGUGUUCUAAUCCAUAGGGAACAUUACCAGUAACAAACCACAAGGUCUACAACUUUUUCAGUCCCUCUUUGAACUGCACCAUACGGUAAGUGCCAAACAUUCUUGUCACCUUUUGUUACUUAAUUGUGAGGAGGUAUAUCUAAAUUAUCAAGCCUUAUGUACAUUAGUAACUCUGAUAAAAUAUUUUGAAACCUGUACUUUCAAAUUGUUUAAAUGUGUAAAUAUGUAACUAUGUUACUGCUAAAUUUUACCGG